AUGGCCGAGAGUAUUGUAGGAGCCAUAUCGAGUCAUCUGGAUUGUGCGAUCUGCUACCGUAGAUUCGAAAAUGCGAAAUGCCUCGAAUGCUUGCAUACCUUUUGUGAGAGCUGCAUUAACAGUGUCAUAGAUACAGCCGUAGACUCAGACUCAGACGAUCUUUACCUGACAGAAAAUUGUGUUCGAUGCCCGAUAUGCCGUGAAGAAACAAACUAUGAUCAAGGUAAAGCCGAAACCCUGAGACCAAAUCUGCUGGCCAACAAGCUUAUCGAAGAACUUAAACGCCAUGAGGAUUCUGAAUCAACAAAAGAACUUUGUAAGGAGCACGGUGCAGAAAAGAAAUUCUUCUGUGAGAAAUGUGGUGUACUAAUUUGCAGUGAAUGCGCUCUUUGUACCCACGGCAAGCAUACAUUUUUGAUUAAAAAUGUGGAAGAUGCUUCGAAAGCAAAGGUAGAUGGAAUGGUCAAAUUGAUGAGUAAAGCAACGAUGUGGAUGGCGUCUCAUCAAGAAUUCUUUAUGGACUAUACGAAGAAAAAAGUGGAAGGGAAUAAGCGACUAGACGACAUCUCAGAAGCAAUUCAAACAUCUUCCAGUACGUGCUUAAAACUUCUUAUUGAUAUGAUCAAUCGUAAGAAGGAAAAUCUCAUGACAAAGGUCGAAUCCAAUCGAAGUGAUCUCAACGAGGCCGUAGACAACAUCUUGGGGCCUGUGGUGGAAGCAAUUUCAGAUGUCUCUGAUGAAAUCGAAUGUGCUGAAGAACUCUUAGACAGUAGUGACCCGAAGGAAGUGGUUCUUCAAUACAGGGAUUGGGCAAAGCGCCUCCUUCGUGGGAUUGACCAACAGAUUCCUUCUGAUAUGGAUGCAACCCAAUAA